AACAUUUGUAUUUUAUUUAAUUAUACGUUCCAAAAGUUAUUUUUCACUCCAUUAGCGUUAUGUUGUAAAUUAGAAGACAGUGAUACACCCGAAAUCAUAAUUAUAUUAUUAUUGUUGGUCUGUCGAUGCCUUAAGGCAAACUACACGAGUCCGAGUUGUUUAAAAAAAAUAAUAAGAAAUAAAUAUGUAUUGUACCGUAGUUCAGUAGUCGAUCAUGAUCGUUGUCGCUGUGUUUGGUUUAGCAGUGUUGCACGCGGCUGCUACGAAAUGCAUCACCGGAGAUUGUUCGUUGGAAUCGGAUUCCGAAUUAAUACCCGAAGGAAACUUUUACGACACCAACAACUUGAAAGGAUUUGGCGGCGAUUUUACCUCGCGUUUGAAUAAAAUCAUUCAAGAAAUGACGGUCUUAUCGAAUGAAAUAAAAUCCCAUCAGCCCUGCAUCGAUGCAUUGAACCACAAUAACGAUUCAUUGCGAGACUUUCUAAACUACUCUGUACCUUGCGGCGUUCAGGGCAGAAACAGGUUGUCAAAGUCCGAGAGCAGUAGGAUCGUCGGCGGCGAGAAUUCGAGUCCAGGCGAGUUCCCGUGGCAAAUAUCGUUGCAGCUCAUCACCGGUUGGACGGCCAGACACAUUUGCGGUGGAUCCGUAAUCAACGAAAAAUGGGUACUGACGGCGGCGCAUUGCGUGUACGGAUUGUCAAAAGACCUGUUGUCCGUGGUGGCCGGCAAACAUGACCUUUACACGCCCGAAGAUUACGAUCAGAGAGUGAACGUUGUGGAGGUAUACCUAGACGGGUUCAACAAGCAAUUCAUUUCCCGAGACAUCGCGUUGCUCAAGUUGUCCCCGCCGCUGUCGUUCAAAAAUGGCCGCGUGUCUCCGAUUUGUAUUCCGAGGCCCCAUACGACAUUCGACAACGAUCUCGCCAUUGUGACCGGAUGGGGAAGGGUUUCGGAGAACGGCGUUUUCACGCAUGUGCUCCAGAAGGUGGCGUUGCCGCUGUUGCCGGUGAAGACCUGCGUGGACCUGUACAGCAAGGCGGGUUACGGCGAAUACCUCAACCAGUGCGUGAUGUGCGGCGGAGGGAUUCCAGAACGGGAGGCGGACUCCUGUCAGGGCGACUCCGGUGGACCUCUAUCGUGCAUGGGCAACGACAAUCGCUUCUAUCUGUGCGGCAUUGUCAGCUGGGGGCUCGGAUGUUCUCGGCCGAAAUAUCCAGGCGUGUACACCGCGGUCUCCUGUUACUCGGAUUGGAUAAAGAACACGAUCACUUAAGGAUCAUUUUAUGUAAAAAAAGCGAAAAAAAAUUCUAUAGUUUUUUAAAUUUAAUAAUGAUUGGAAAAUAUAUAAUCGAACAAACAACAUAUAAUACCAGCAAUACGUACAUUUAAGUUUUUAGUGUUGGGUCUUACGUUAAAUCAUAAG